AAAUUGUGAAAGCAAUUUAUAAAAAGCUAGGUAAAUUUUAUUCCGCAGCAAAAAUUUAUUCGGAAAGAAAUAAAACAAUUAAAAAACGCAUUUAAUUAAUAAAUAUUUUUUCAAGUUAAAAAAAUUUAACUAAACAAAUUUUCGAUUAAACGAAUAGUUGAAAGGAAAAAUUAAUCGAAACCUUAAUUCUACUUUAAACACAAAACAAAGGAAAAAAAAUGAAAUUUCAAUACAAGGAAGAGCACCCGUUUGAGAAAAGACGAGCAGAAGGUGACAAAAUUCGACGAAAAUAUCCAGAUCGAGUACCAGUAAUUGUAGAAAAGGCUCCAAAAGCCCGUAUUGGUGAUUUGGAUAAGAAGAAAUAUUUAGUACCAUCUGAUUUAACGGUAGGUCAAUUCUACUUCUUAAUUCGUAAACGUAUACAUUUACGUCCUGAAGAUGCACUUUUCUUCUUUGUGAACAAUGUCAUUCCACCAACAUCAGCAACAAUGGGAUCUUUAUAUCAGGAACAUCAUGAGGAAGAUUAUUUCCUCUACAUUGCAUAUUCCGAUGAAAAUGUAUAUGGUAAAAUGUAAUUUUUGUUAAUAGUAGAUUGAAGACAAUUUUUCUAAAAGAAAGAAAAAAAACCUUUUUAAAAUAUGUAUAAAAUAAUUAUGUUCUUAAUAAUACAAGAAAGAUAAAAUACUAUCAUAAAUUCUGUAUUUUUUAUUUCUACUAUAUUUUUGUUUUUUGUUUAACUUUUUGAAAACAUUUAAAUAGAUCUUUUUCAAAAAAAUUCACUUCAAUUUUAAAUGUUUAUUUCUUUUAAGUAACACUAUUAAUUAAUAUGUUAUGAACUUGCUAAAGUAAUAUUCAAAAUUUAAAUAUUAAUAGCUCUUGUAAAUCUAAAAUUUAAGAACUUUUAAAUU